AUGAGGAAGGGGCGUACUUCUCCCGCGGAUCCCUCUCAACGCGUGCGGAAGCGGCCACAUGACGACCCCCGAGGGCGCGGCCGCGAGCAUGGCGGCGGCGCACAUCCGGCUGCGAGCGCUCAGGCGAUCAAGAGCGCCGAGAAGAGCCGCAACCCUAGGCAUCAGUCGACGCAGAAGCAGAUGUCGUUCCUCCAGGGAAAACAUCAGCAGCGCGUCGGCAACGUCGUUAGUCGUCUCGGGCCCGCUGCAGUCGGCCAGACGACGUUGAUGGACAAGAAACGGAAGCUGUAUAGCGACACCAGUCAGCAGCCUCUCUGGAGCUUGCGGAAAAUAACCAUCAACCCUACCGACAAGGAUGACCUUCGCCGCUUCCCGUCGAACGCGAUCUACACGCACCGGUACUCGGUGAUGACGUUCGCCGUCAAGAACCUGUGGGAGCAGUUUCACCGUGUGAUCAACUGGUGGUUCCUGGUCAUGACCAUCAUUCAGGCGGUUCCGCAGCUCCACUACAACCCGAACCAUGCCUGGUCGACGGCGCUGCCCUUUGCGAUCGUGCUGGUCUUUGGCAUGCUGAAGGAUGCGUUCACAGACCUCGGCCGGAGGCAGCGAGACCGCGUGCUGAACCAGCGCGUGUGUUGCAUCGUCGACGGGCACACGCCGCAGCUGCGACUGCUGCAGUGGCAAGGCGUCCGCGUGGGGAACAUCCUGCGCUUGACUGACGGCGAGGAGGUGCCGGCCGACAUCGUCGUUUUGGCGACCUCGAAUUCGGACGGCGUGGCCUACGUAGAGACGAGCAAGCUCGACGGGGAAACAAAUCUCAAGUUCAAGCAAGGGGUGAAGGAGACGCGCGGCGAGAGCUCGCCGCUUUCGAUCGCAGGCAUUCGAGGCCGCGUGGUGUGCGAGAAGCCGUGUGCAGUCAUGGACGCCUUCACAGGCAGUCUGAAACUCGACGCUCAUCCGCGCGCGACGCCUCUGGACAUUGUCCACUUCAUCCAGCGGGGUUCGCACAUUCGCAACACGGAGUGGCUCUACGGGGUGGUCAUCUACACGGGCGAAGACACGCGAAUUCAAAAGAACGCCGCACCGCCGGGGUUCAAGCGCCCCCACAUUGAGAAGGACAUCAACACGUACCUGUUCAUUUCCUUCUUCAUUGUCUUCCUCACGAUCCUCAUCUCCGUUAUGAGCAAGUGGAGCGUUCAGGAGCGCGACAGCGGUGACGCGGGCGUGGCUGAGUCCGGCUCGUCGGGAAGCUCCGGUUCCUCCAGCGUCGAGCCGGCUCAGACCUACGGCAGCAGCGUCGAGUUUAUGCUCGGCUCUCGGGACUUGCUCCAGAAUCCGUGGAUGUCGAUCCUCCGCUUCCUCGCGGUCUACGCGCCCGUUUUGCCCCUUUCUCUUCCCUUGAUUCUCGACGUCGUCUAUCUUCUUCAGUCGGUCCUGAUUGAGGGCGACAUCCACAUUCGCGGCGGCGGCCGCUUGCCUUCGACGGGGCCGAGCACCGGCAGCACUAGUUCGCUGACGGUUGCUGAGGACGCGCUCCACGACGGCGAAGGAGGCCCGCUGGAGUACUCCCACGCCUCUCAGCACGCGGCCCCGUCCCAGCAGCCCCUGGCUUUUGUGUCCAAGGGACUAUACAAGACUCGGCGUUUCUUGUCCGAGAAGUUCUCGUCGCGAGCGUCUGGUCGCUGGGGCGCUCACAGCGUGGAGCGCCGCGACACGCCGCGCGAGGAGGACGACGAACGCGAGACGAACGGCGAAAACGUACCCAGCGGGACGCCGGCUGUGCCGGGAAGUGGAGACCGCGGAGACGAGGAGACAGGCGAGAACGCAGAAGGCGCCGGAGAGCCCGACCACAAGGCUGACGAUCGGUUGGACGUGAAGAGGCUGGACACUGCCGCCCACGCGGCUUCGCCACCGGCGACAAGCGCGUCGGAGGCUACGAACCUGCAAGAUGACGACCAGGACGGUGUGCCCCCGGAGGAGAAAGCGUCCGUUUUCGGAGGACGCAGAAGCGACGAACGCGACCGGAAGUCGUCGUGCUCCAGGUACUCCGAGGGCGGCGCGGAAAAGGCCAUCCACGCGACCUCAGUCGGCAGGUUCCCCGGCUCCGUGCUGCCGAACCCGUACAGCAAGUUGCACGGCGACACCACCAACGCGGGAUUCGAGAGCAGCUGGCAGAACUACUCGUCGGGGCAUCCAAACACGCGGUCCCUUCUCCUCGCCCCUGGAGGUGGGCCGGGCUCCUGGUGCCCCACGGGAAAUUUCGAUGGAGAGGAUGUGUGGGCGGAAGUGCACACCCCUGCGUUGAAUCCGAAUCUGGGCCAGGUCGACUUCAUCUUCACCGACAAAACGGGGACCAUCACAGAAAACGACAUGACCUUCAGCAUGUGCAGCGUGGCUGGAAAAAUCUACGGAAUGGCCUCGUGUGGCGGCGGUUUAGACGGCGCCGAAAGCACUGACUAUGGGUCUCGGGUAUGGGCUCUAACUGCAGCCUCGUCAAGAGGCUCCCGGGACCGGCUCAUGUUGCAGCCUCAGAGGACAGGCAGCGUCAGUAGCGCUCGAAGCCAGGCGAUAUCUGUUUCUGCGCUUGCCGAGGGCACUCCGAGACGAGUCCCCACGCUUCGGCUGAGGUCGCACACCUAUCGAGGCAGGCUCCAAUCGCGACUGUCGCGAACAUCGCAAGAUGACGAGGAGAAGGCGAAAGACUCCUCACCGGGUGCCGGGGGAUCUCCGCUGUCGCGCGGCAGUUCGUCUCGCGUCUCGGGCUCGACGUCGUUCGAGGCGCACGAGGGAAUUGGAGGCGAUCAGGAAGACGAAGCGGGUCCCGGCGACAGAGACACCCCGUCUGCCCCGGCGGAGGGCCCGGCCUCUGGGGCGCCGCCAUUGAUGGUGCGUGAAGGCAUUCAUGGAGCGUCGCUGUGGCGAAGACCCAACGGAAGCGCCGGCCGGCUUUCUACGAGUAGACAGAGCAGCCGGCAGCAGUCGGAGGACGAGCGACAGCACACGGAAGGCGAUGGGGGAGAGACAGAAGACGACAGGAGCACGAUGUCGCGUCGAGGGCGAGAGCAGAGAUACUCGCGAGAGUUCCGGGGAGGAAGCCGCAGCUCGACGUCGCAGGACGGCGAACUCAGCGACCGCCAGCCGCUACGGUGUAUUCGAAGCAUCGGCGAUGGAUAUAUCGUCCGAGACGUUCGAGGACCGGGGAACGCUGCGAGUAUGCAGCAGUCAGGCGUGGCAUUUUCGCGUCCCGUCUCGCAAUUCACCUUUACAUCGCGGGUGGCCGGGGACGAAAGCCCUGACGACCAGCGCCGGCUCAUAUUCUCAGGACGAGGCUCGCCUCGCAGUGUGUCCCCGCCCUCGGAGCGCGGCGUCGCCUCGCCAUCGAUUGGGGAAGAGGGCCCGCCGCUGUCGCCGCAAGUGAGUCCCACGGGGUCUGGACCGAGAGCGCGAAGGGGGCCGCGCGGCUCGUUGUUCAUGCCCGCGGUUGAGGAGGAGGACGAGCACGACAGCUACUCGCGGGCACGCAGUCGCGACCUGCACGCAGGCAUACCCCCGCAUCUUUCUCCUUCUCCGAGCCGGGCUGGCGUCCCGUUUUUGUACGACGAUAUCGAGUUUCCCACCGGCUUUCGUGAGACGCCGAUGGAAGGCCAGAUUCGGAGAAACUGCGACUUCUACGACGCGUCAAUUUUCACGGACUUGGCUCGCAGAGAUCUGCGCAGUCACCGCAUCAACGAGUUCAUCAAAUGUAUGGCCCUCUGCAACACGGUCGUCCCCUGGGUGUACACAGCGAUGCCAUGCUCGUCGGGAGGCCCUGGGAUGUCCUCGACAGCCAACUUCUCCGCCGCUGCUUACCCGACCGGGGGCCCAGGCAAUUCCCUGUUCUCUUGCUCCGCCUCCGUCUUCACCGCCCCCGCCACUGCCGUCACAGGCUUCACCUCCGGCGCCCAGCAUGCUGCGGAUGUGUCCGAGGUCGCUGCGGCGGACGACGAGGAGGAGAAAAACCUGUCUGAGCUGCUUCUGCCCACGGGGCUGGGAGGGGCGCCAGGCCCAGGUGGGGCCAAGGGAGACCCUCAGCUCCUGCCUCUGCUCGGGCGUCAAGGACAAACUGGUGGGGGCUUCGCUGCUUCGGGCGCAGGCGUCUCGUCUCCCGGAGGGGGCGCCGGCGGGGCAGGAGGCCCGGGGGCUCGCGGGCACGUGGGGCUCCACGCCUCAAGGCGGACGCGUGCAGGCAGCGAGUGCUCCCGAGGGGCGACCUCCAGAGCCGUCCCGUUGCUCGGCACCGAUGCAGCAGGAGCAGGCGGCGGACCGGACUAUCUGCCUUCGCCUCGACCCACCUCGUCUUCAGGCCCAACGAAUUCUUCGACGGCGUCGCUGGGCGAGGCAGCGAAGCAGAAGCCGGCUGAGUCGCCGGAAGUUCCAUCUGCCAGUGCGUCUCCGCCCGCAAAGGAGGGCGAAGAAGCCCCGAGCUCCACGCCACGCUGCGUGUUUGCGCCGUCCGCUGUGGUGCCGCAAUCGGUGCUGCGGUCGCACACGGGCGCAGGCGGGCUUCGUCCGUCAAAGAGCUUGGCCCGCGGCGUUUCCUUCAAAGAGAAACAUGAGGAAUUUGCGUUCAGCAAAGAUGACGACACGGCAACCUUGGACCAAGACGACACACAUAGCGGCGCCGAGGAGGACCCAGACGUCGACGACGGUGCUGGCGCGGACGACGAGCAAGGGAAGGGCGAUGACGAGGAAUGCGUGAAGGCGUCCGAGAGGUUGAUGAAGGCGAAAAAGAAUCGGAGCGCCUCUGCGAGCCUCAUGAGUCUGAAGUCCAAGGUCACUGCGAGCGGCCGGGAUGUCGCCGAUCUGCUGUUCAGAAGAGCCUCCCGCGGCCACACCGGAACGGACACCGAGCCCAUGCCGAGUUUGUCUGCGCGGACCAUGGGCCGGGCGCCGUCUCUGGACAGGGGCCACCACCCGCCGACGCACGCCGGUAUCAGCACAGUGACGGCAGGUGGUGACGGUCGCGGGAAUUUGAUCAACAUCAUCAAGUACCAGGCUUCUUCCCCCGAUGAGGAGUGCCUCGUCUCUGCGGCGUCCCACAUGGGCUACACGUUAGUUUCGCGCACGAACAACUACGCUACUCUGAACAUUAACGGACAAGAGCGACGGUGGCAAAUCAUCGGCGUCAACGAGUUCACCCAGAAGCGCGGCCGCAUGAGCAUCGUGGUUCGGCCCCAAGACUGGACGGAAGGCUCCAUUCUCUACGUCAAAGGCGCUGACGUGGCGAUGCUGGACCUCCUAUCGACUUCAUUCACUCGUGGCCACGACUACCGCCAGAGUUGUUCGUCUCUGAGUCGCGUCGCUGAGAGCGCCCCCGGCCGCGCGGGCCCGCAAGAGCCGGUCUCGCGCCUCCACUCGGCGGCCUCCUGCGGCGGGCGCCCAGGCCCCAGCGCCAUGCCGAGAAGCCCCAACGGGGCCGGGAGCGAGCCGGGGGUCCAACCUGGCCACUCUUGGUCGCUGCCUCGCAGUGCCCCUCCGGCGCCUGGGCCGGGGACUGGAGAGGAGCCGAAGGCUGGGGACGGCGAGGGGGCCCAGCACGAAGAGCAUGCAGGCAAGCACCCCCGGAGACAGCACAGUGACCACCCGCAGGACGAGGGUUUGCGAAGUCGACUCGCGCGCGCCGACUCCAUGUUGAAGGCCCUGAACCCCGCCUUGUACAACUACGACAGACAGCACCAGCGGGCGAAUACGACGGUUCGGGGCGACGGCGAGGACGAGCCUCAACAGGAGGCCAGCGAAGCUCAUGGGGGAACCUGUGGGGACACAGGGUAUGAGACACACGCCCGCGAAUCCACGGAGGCGACGGCGGCUGCCGCAGGCGGCCAGGGCCCCGAAGCCGCGCAGUGUGCCCCGGCGGCGCACCACCGUCUCGCGUCCCAGCCAGGGGUCUCUGCGGCCUGGGGGGCAGGCCACCCCGGCGCUGGCAACCCCGAAGAGAACUUCUGUGCAGCGUUUUUCGACGACGACGAAGACGAGCUGAUUGCCCUCGGGGACAUUGCCCUCGUGGAGCAGCAUCUCAAGAGGUUUUCCCUUCAGGGUCUGCGCACGAUGGCUCUCGCGUGCAGAUAUCUCACGCAGGAGGAGACCGAGACGUACAAGCGCCUGUACACGGACGCCUGUGCGAGUGUCUACUGCCGCGCAGAGAGACUCGAGGAGGUGGCUGAAGACAUGGAACGCGACCUCGAAUACUUGGGGAUCACCGGUGUUCGCGACAAACUCCAGGAACAGGUUCCUGAGACCCUUCAACUGAUGAUGGAGGCGGGAAUCCGCGUGUGGAUGGUUACCGGUGACAAUGUGGAGUACGCCUUGCACAUCUGCCACAGCUGCCGGCUUUUGACCUCGCGCACGCGCAUCUUCCACGCCGCCUUGGAAUUUAGCGGCCGAAAAGCGAAGCGCGAAGGUGUGAUGCUUUACGAGCUCUUUCGGAAGGCGCGCAGACUGAAGCGGAGUGACGAGCACAUUUGCCUUGUCGUCACGGGACCGAAUCUCCGGACCUUCUUGAAUCACCCCGAUCUCCAGACCUACUUCCUUAACAUGGCCUGUUGCUCCGACGUCGUCGUCGCUGCGCGCGUCACACCGUCCCAGAAAGCAGAGAUGGUCAGGCUGGUCAAGAAACGCUUGACUCCUCAGCCUAUCACGCUGGCAGUUGGCGACGGAGGAAAUGACGUGGCGAUGCUUCAGGAAGCCCACGUGGGAGUGGCGAUCCGUGGGCAAGACAGCGCCGCAGCUGUGGCGGCGGCUUACGCAGAUUACUCCUUCACUGAAUUCAGGUUCCUUCAACGUCUGUUGUUCGUCCACGGCCGUCUGAGCUUGAUGCGCGUCUCGACGGUCAUUCUUUGGAGCUUCUUCAAGUCCCUGUGCAUCGGCCUUCCAUCCUUCCUGUUUCAACCCCAGGCCUUUUGGUCAGCUGUCGAAGUGUAUGACCCUCUCCUCCUUAUGAUUGUCGACUUCAUCUGGACGACAAUUCCCGGCAUCAUUCACGGCUACAGCGACCAGGAUCUUCCUACGCACCUUCUACCCUGUGUUCCUGUGCUGUACACGCCGGGCCGACGAAGACUGUAUUUCAACGGUUUCCGUUUCAUCCUCUGGACCGUCGAAGGCAUUGUCUACUCGUUUCUAAUCUUCUAUCUCCUCCAGGCCACGUGGAUGGACGGCAGCACGAUUCACGACGGCCAAGUCUUAGGUUUCCACAGCUACGGCAUUCUCCUGCUCUUUGGGUCCCUCCUCGAGUCGAAUGUUCGAAUCAUCCUGGAGACGAGCCUCUGGACGCCGACAUUCCUCUUCACUACGAUAGUUCUCUGCACAGUCAUGUUCUUCCCAACGGUGCUCCUCUACUCUCUUACGGGAUGGCCGCGUCGCUACAUGGAACUCGCAGGCCGCGUGGCGUUUGCAUGGCCGAUGCUCUACUUCCUGAUUCCUCUCUGGAUCUCAAUUGGCAUUCUCGUCCAACUGCUCCUCCAAGUCUUCACAUCGUCUCUCUUCCCAAACAUAAGUGGCUCUGUGAAGCAGUACUUGGCGCUAAAACAGGCGGAUGUCAACUUCCGCCGCAAAGCCUCCAAACUCCCUUUCACCCAUCCUCGCCCUCGACUCCUACCAGGCGGCCACGACGAGUACGGCUGGUUCUGCGGCAUGGGGUCUUGCUUGAGCCUGUUCAAGCGCGCUCUCUGGUUCAUGGGUGGGUGCUGCUGGAUGGACACGCCGAACCUCGCCGACGAGUUUGUCGCCUCUCCGGAGCUUUGCGUGGAGCUGCGCGAACGGUUCAACCCUCUGCGACACAAAAGCGUCGCUGAUCGCCUGCCGCCUCCUCGUCGCUUCAGAAUCAAUGAAAACUUCCUCCCCUAUACAGGCGCGACGGAUGAGAAAGGCGACGGUGCACAACGGGAUUUGGGCGGAAAAGGCGGCACAGGCGGCGCGGGCCUCGCGGCGGGGUCUGGCGGAGCUGGCGCAGGAAGAAGCAAAUCCGUUUUCGGCGGUGCCGCCGCUGGAGUGAUGCCGAUGGCCGAUAUGGCAGCCGAUUUAGAGACCGAGAACAGUCUGUCGAGCAACGGCUCCGAACAGGAGAAGGCCGGCGACAACCAUACCAAACUCGUUAAGGUUUCUCACCUCAUCAACCGAUUUACCCUCCGAUUCAAAGACAUGCAACUCGAAGCCGACUACCAAAUCCACAACAAGAAGUCUUUCCUGAAGAGACUCGUGCCUUGGUACCGCGUCAUCUUCAUGUUGAUUGCGUUGUACGAGCUCCUGAGCUUCUUAACGGAAUACUUCAUCGACAUCCACUGGAACGCAGACCAAACGGAGAUGCAGCCCUGGAUGUGUUUGCCGACACUGGUCGUCGAGGUGGGCUUCGCUGCCGUGGUGGUCUGCACGUUCUACGACUUCAUUUUCCUGGACCACUUCUCGCUCAUCCUCAAUUCCAUUGUCUUCCUCAUGGUCUCCUCGAACAUAAUCUUCUACGCCGUGUCGCACGUAGACGGUACUCUGACGUCAGUUCUGUUCCCCGUCUUCACUUUCGUUAUUCUGCGCAUUUCCUUCCUCCAAGCGGUUGCGUGGAACAUCAUUUUCCUCGCCGUCACGGUUGCGCGAUUCACGCUUGAUAAGAAGUAUUUGCCGCCGCUGAACUUUGUGCACUACAUUCCGCUCUUCAUUGGUAUCGACGUGUUUGUCGCCUUUGUUGGUUAUCGCCUGGAGUACAACCAGCGCAAGUCUUUCUUACUGGACUACUCAGUCGACGCCUCUCGAAGGAAACAGCGCGAAAUUCUCAACACGAUGCUUCCUUCUUUUGUCGUGGACCAAAUGAUUAACUCCGAGCUGAACGAGGAAGGGAUUCCAACGUCGCUGAAGGCCGAAGAUAGAGGAACGGUGUCUGUGAUUUUCUGCGACGUCUACGAAUUCCAGCACGUCGUCGCCUCCAUUGAGCCCACCCGUCUUGUUGAGGUCCUGGAUUCGCUCUUCCUCUGCUUCGAUCGCAGUGCAGAGCAGUUUGGCUGCACGAAAAUCGAGACGGUCUUCGAAACCUAUCUGGCUGCGGCCGGUCUGCAGCCUGGUAGAGAGCCGUCGUCCGCUUCGUACCAGCAAGACGCCUGUGAUGCCCUCGACAUGGCGUUGGCAAUGUUGGAAGUCGCAGCGCAGAUUCGCUACGAAGUGAAGACGAGCAACCAGGCGAUUGGCAGCGCAGCCUCAGGCGUGGGGCCCGCCCUCUCGGGAUCGAGCCUCGACGGCUCCGGAAACCACGUCGAACCGCGACUGUCUCUCCAUGCUCACAACGCUGCAGUCGCUAUGGGCAGUCGCAUGAACAGUCGCCGUUUCAAUCGUCAAAAGACAGGAAAUGUCGUUCGGACUGUGCUUCAGUCUCGGCCUCAGCGAAUUCGAGUGAAGAUUGGUAUCCACUCAGGCCGCGUUAUCAGCGGAGUCGUCGGGGCAAAAAAGCCCCAAUACGCGCUCUUCGGCGACACAGUUAACACCGCAAGUCGCAUGAAGACCACAGGACAGCCUGGUUACAUCCACAUCUCCGAGGAUUCCUACGAGCUUGUAAAGGGAGACGAUACGCUGGAAUACGAACUUCGACACACAGAAGUCAAGGGCAAGGGGCUUAUGAACACGUAUCUCCUUGUUAGAGUCAAAGGUUCGCCCUAUCCUCACUUCGACGAUCAAGAAGGAGAGGAAGGAGAGGGAGUGUCGGAAUCUGGAGGUCCAAACGACGAGUCGCGGCGGUCGACAGCGUCGCAGUAUGAACCCCCCGUCUCUGGCGAGCCUGCGCGGCGCGAGUCCCGUGGCCUGUCAGGGGUACAUACAGCCGACCCGGCAUUGUCGUCGCUGGCAUCGCGGCAAGCUGGGGAGCGUGCCGAGACAGCGGCGGAGUUGGCAGCAGCGCAGGCGCGAGAAGGCGAAAUUCAAGCGGAGAUUGACGAGGUAGCAAACGUCGAGGACACAGUCGACAAGGUGGCUCAGGACUUUAGACACGUGCGUCGUGAGGCGUCUCAUACAGCGACGAAAAACCUUUCCCGUGCACCUCGAGACGGCCGCGCGGACAGUCAAUUUGGUCACAGAGUCCCCCGGCGUGGACCGCAUCUUCUCUUCCAGAGCGCGAAAGAGCAUGGAGCUGCGGAGCCGCAGCCCGGCGAGGCGCCGAUCUUCAGAUCCCCCGAAGAGACAGAGACGAUUUCCGGAGUCGAAAGGGGACAGCGCUUCUGGGCGUCUGCCUCGAGCCCAGACAGAGGGGACGCGCGCGCUCCGGGGCGCAGCGGAGACGGGAAGCUGACGAGCGACGGCUGCUUCGACUACGAAUCGAUGACCACCCAGCAGCUUCUCCGCAUCUACCAGCGACAGCAGAAAACGUCCAAAGUUUUGCGGUGGAUUGACGAGGAGCUCCGAGGCCAACGGAGCAAGGUUGACGGAGAGAAGACUGCAGAGCUGGUGGCAAAGCUUCUGGCGGCCGCCGAAGCGCGUCCCGCUGGAGAGGCCAGUGCACAGCCGGAAGGCGAAGACGGGGGCGUUCCCCUGGAGGAAAUCAAGGACGAAUUGCGGCGACAAGCAGCAGAGGCCGAAGAGAAGGAGCGACAGCGACUCGCACAACCUGUGCCGCACAACAUGACCCGAAAAGAACUGCUGAGGGCCUUCCGGAGCGAAGUCGUUCACGGCCAGUCCGCCCCCGCUGAAGAGACGGAGGAUACUGCGAAGCCAGAGGAACCGAAGGAGUCUGGCGCGGCUUCGCCUGGCGAAGGGGCGCGAGAGGCAAACGGUCAGUGUGUCUCCAAGGACGCCGCGGAGUCUGGAGCCAAGCGCCAGGGCGAAGGCGCCCCGCACCUCGACGGCACAGCAGCGUCGUCGGUGCCUUCGCAUGGAAUGAAGGCUGGCGAGGACGAGGCGAGUGGACAGGGCGAGCGGCAGUCUGCAGCCGGGAGGCUGGUGCAUGCGAUGGCGCAGUCGGUCUCUUCUCUCUUCCGACGGCGCAAGGCGACAGCUCCUACAGAGGCGGCGAGUCCAGCAAAUGCGGAGAUUCCCCCGGAAAACCGCGUCCCAGCUUCUGCCGUCGAUGAUGAAGACAUGGAGCAGAGCCGACUGACGCGAAUCAGCGUUUCGAGUGAGUGGCUGCUGCUGAAGUUCAAAGACAAGAACCUGGAGGCGCGCUAUCGGACGCAUUUCUACAACAACAAAUCCAACAUCAACACGAUUGAACAGGCCCUCAUCAUCUUCCUCGUGACCUUCUGUGUGCAGACUCUGACACGGCUGGCGCUGCCUCGUUUCUACGUCGUUUGCUCGCAACACACCAUCGACUUGCACGUUUGCACAGGCCUCUAUUGGGCCGUUCGUGCGACCUACACCCUCGCAGCCUUCGCCCUCUGGCUGCUCUUCCACUACCGCAACCGAAAAGAAGUGGCGACGUGCAUGGAGCUUCGGUGGAUGGUUUUCCUGCUGAACUUGCUGUUCAUUUCGGCCGCGUGUGUCUUCGCGCUCUCGAAUUCCUGGGGCGUUUGCGGCCAACACCAGGCGGAGGAGGCGAUGUCUGAGGCAGAUGUGGAGUCUGCGCUGGCCGCGCUGUCGCGAGUCUCCGGGGACCAAGCGGCUCAGGUGCACGAUGCUGCGUUGCCUGUUCCGUCUGUCACAACGAGUGCGCACAGCACAACUUCGCAAUUCCCCACCGCAGGGGUCUCCCGCGUUACACGGGUUAUGAAGAGCUCCAACGUGAAAGUCCGUGAGGGCUACGAUCACGCUCGCUUCCCCAGUCUCACCGAUGGCGACGAGGACCACGAAGUCGAGCAAGUCGACGGGCGAGCCUACACGUACUGGCUUCUCAGCGACACCAUCGAGCUCUUCUUCUACAUUGUCAUUCUCCAUCACAAUACAGGCCUUUUGUUCCAGAACUGCAUUUUGGUAGAUGUGUUGCUGAUGACGAUGAGCUUGACUUUCAUCAUCACCACAGCUAGGGAAACGGCCUCGACAGUUAGCUCGAUUGCCACGUUCCCCUGCUAUGUCUUCUUCAAUCUGGUGAGUGCCUACUGCAAAGAGUAUAUCGAUCGCCUGACUUUCUACGUGAACGAACACGCGAAGACGACGGAGAGUCGAGCGACGCAGCUGCUCAACGAUAUGUUGCCGAAACAGGUUCUGGAGGAGUUCCAGCAAGACAAGUUGAAGCUCGCGUAUCUCCACGAGAACGUCACUUUCCUUUUCGCAGAUAUUUGCGGGUUUACCAGCUGGGCAAAAGGCGUGGAUGCAUGCGAGGUCGUUACGAUGCUUCAAAAGCUCUUCGCCAAGUUCGACAAAGACAGUACCAAGUUCGGCCUGUACAAGCUGUGCACGAUCGGAGACGCUUACGUCGCCGUCUCUGAGCCUGUUACAGCGGAAAAUGCGCAAGAUACGGAUCCUCGUGAAGGCAUGUGGCUCGUCUAUGAGAUGGCGAAGGCGAUGAUUGGAAACAUCACGGAGGUCCGCGAGCGACUCUGCAUUCCCAACCUGAACAUGCGUAUCGGCCUGCACUACGGGAGCUGUGUGGGCGGAGUCAUCGGCAGCGGUCGCCUCCGCUACGAUUUGUGGGGCAUGGAUGUGCUGACGGGGAACAUGAUGGAGAGCAACGGCGUCCCCGGGAAAAUCAACGUCUCGGAAAUCUUGAAAAACGAAAUGGAAAAGGGAUUCCCAGGCGAAUUCGUUUUCAAGUUCAACAAGCGAGUCGCCGUCUUGCAAAGCACCGUCGAUUCUUACCUCAUUCGACCUGCUAAGGAAUUCGACGAAGAUGAGGAGCUGGUAGCUGCCGCGGCGUCGAUGGCGGUUGCGGGUCCGUCAGCGUCUCUGCAGCAGGGUGCGCCGUCCCUCCCGCAAGUACAGACGGUCACCUCCGGUCUCCGCCGCGACGCUACUUCCCUUCGCGGGAAUUAUCGACGGAGAUUUACCAUUCUCGGGAGCGCCCCCCGCGUGCUCGGCCGUCGCCAGUCUCUGAAGGGUCAUCAAUUCGGAUCCAUUCCUCUCACUUCACACGGGGGGUCGGGUCACGGUGACGAGCUGCGUCCGUUGGGAGAGGAAGAGCGUAUGGACGGUUCAGCCGCCCCGUCGCAUGCAGACCACACUCAUCGUGAAGGAGAGGACGACGAGAUUGACGGCUUGAGGCAACUCCGCAAAGAAAUCGAACGUGCCGGAGGUGUGACUUUAGAUGUCUCGCCUUCGGAGUUUGCAUCGGUUCCCGGCUCGCCGCCCGCGCCUUAA